UCAGCUUGAACGUGUAUUCUUGCGUCUUGGCCAUGCAGAAACAGAUGAGCAAUUGCAGAAUAUUAUAUCCAAAUUCCUUCCCCCUGUUCUUUUAAAACUUUCCAGUACACAGGAAGGAGUACGUAAAAAGGUUAUGGAAUUGUUAGUUCAUCUGAACAAACGAAUCAAAAGUCGUCCAAAAAUCCAACUUCCAGUGGAGACUUUGUUAGUCCAAUAUCAAGAUCCUUCUGCUGUCUCCUUUGUUACAAAUUUUACAAUAAUAUAUGUUAAGAUGGGUUACCCUCGUUUGCCUGUGGAAAAGCAGUGUGAGCUGGCACCCACUCUCCUUACUGCAAUGGAAGGAAAACCUCAACCCCAGCAAGACAGCCUAAUGCACCUUCUAAUACCAACACUUUUUCACAUGAAAUAUCCUGUUGAACAUCUGAAAGCAGCUUCUCCAUUUAAUCUUGCUGAAAAACCAAAGACUGUACAACUGCUGUUGGAUUUUAUGUUGGAUGUUCUCCUCAUGCCUUAUGGAUAUGUAUUAAAUGAAUCCCAGAGUCGCCAGAGUGUGCCAGUGGGCCAGGGUUCCUCUUCAUCAAGUAGUUCUGGAGGAUCUGGGAUCCCUCAGCCUCCUCCGGGAAUGAGCUUUUAUGCAGCCAAGCGGGUAAUUGGAGACAGUCCAUGGACACCUGAGCAGCUGGAACAGUGUAAAUUGGGCAUUGUAAAGUUCAUUGAAGCUGAGCAGGUGCCUGAGCUUGAAGCUGUCAUACAUUUGGUUAUUGCCUCUAGUGAUACACGCCACAGUGUAGCCACUGCAGCAGAUCUUGAACUCAAAAGCAAGCAAAGUUUAAUUGACUGGAAUAACCCAGUCAUCAUCAACAAGCUGUACAAAGUUUACCUUGGGGAUAUACCACUAAAAACUAAGGAGGGAGUUGUUCUGAAACCAGAACUGAAACGUGAUCCUGUCAGUACUCGGGUGAAGUUAAAGAUUGUCCCACAUCUUUUGCGCUCCAGGCAAGCUGCAGAAAUGUUUCCUGCAAAUAUUCAGGUGGUUUAUGAUGGGCUGUUUGGUGCAAAUGCCAAUGCUAAACUGAGAACUCUGUCUCUUCAAUUUGUGCAUCAUAUUUGUGUAAUUUGCCCUGACAGCAAGAUAAAACCAUUAGGCCCGAUGCUUUUGAAUGGACUGACAAAACUGAUAAAUGAAUAUAAAGAGGAUCCCAAACUGCUUUCAGUGGCCUAUUCUGCUGUUGGAAAACUUUCCAGCCGAAUACCUCAACUGUUUACCAAGGAUCUUGCACUCGUCCAACAAUUUUUUGAAGCUCUUUCUAAGGAAGACCCUGAUACCAGACUAGCUAUUCAGGAAGCUCUGUCCAUGAUGGUUGGUGCAUAUACCAGUUUAGAAGGAGCACCUCGUACUCUCAUGGAGGCACUUGUAGCCUCUAACCUAAUCAAGCCUCAAGUUCAAGUCCGCCAAGUAGCUGUAAAAUUUGCCAGCACAGUGUUUCCUUCCGAUCACAUUCCGUCAAGAUACUUGUUACUUCUAGCUGCAGGAGAUCCGCGGGAAGAGGUACACGGAGAAGCACAACGUGCUCUGAGAACAUUUCCUGGUAAAAAUGAAAAGGAAAGUGCUGAUAAACAGAUGCCUUCAUUCCCAGAAAUGGUCCAGUAUAUUCAAGAGAAGGCCUCCCACCGAAUGAAAACGCCUGCUAAAUAUAUGACUGGAACAACAGUAAUGCCUUUCAACCCAGCUACUUUUGGAGAGAUAGUGCUGUAUCUCCGGAUGUGUCUUGCUCACAGUGCUGGUGUGGUGCCUACUUCUCAGAGCUUAGCUGAUAUGCAAGAUCAUGCUCCAGCCAUUGGCCGUUAUAUAAGAAACCUCCUCUCUGGGAAUGUUAUAACAUCCUCAUCCUCAAAAGGUGGUGAAAGCAAUCCUGUACAGAUCUAUAUAAGUCUCCUUCAGCAGUUGCUCUCUGGCGUUGGAGGUUUGCCAGUCAUGUACUGUUUGCUGGAAGUUGUUUCAGUCUAUCCUGAAAAGCUAGCUGCACGAUUUAUAGACAAGAUGGAUUGGAUAAAGAAUCUUAUGAAUACUAAUAAGGAAGAAAUGCGGGAACUGGCUGCUCUAUUUUAUUCAGUUGUACUUUCGACCAUGUCAGAAAAUGAAUUCAAAACAUCUGUUCAGCACCUGAUAAAAACAGCAAAGGACAAUCAUAAUCUGGAAAUGCAACAUGGGUCAUUAUUGGCUCUGGGAUUCACAGUAGGACGGUAUUUAUCAAAAAGAAAAAUGAAAAUAGCAGAACUACAUGGUAUAGAAGACCGAAAUACCAUUGUAGCACCAGAACAAGACCAGCUGAUCAAAUCAACAACAGAAACUAUAGGUUCUUUUUUGGAUAGUACAUCACCACUUCUAGCAAUAGCUGCAUGUACAGCACUGGGGGAAAUUGGCAGGAAUGCGCCUUUGCCCAUCCCCAAUGAAGGCAGUGGUUUUACAAAACUCCAUCUUGUUGAAAGUUUACUGGCCAGAAUUCCCUCUGGCAAAGAAAGUAAUAAGAUGAAAGAAAGAGCUAUUCAAACGCUGGGUUACUUUCCAGUGGGGGAUGGAGAUUUUCCUCAUCAGAAGCUACUCUUGCAAGGAUUAAUGGAUUCUGUAGAGGCCAAGCAAAUUGAAUUACAGUUUACGGUUGGUGAAGCUAUUACCAGUGCUGCAAUAGGGACCAGUUCCGUAGCUGCCCGUGAUGCAUGGAUAGUAGCUGAAGAAGAGUAUACUGCUCCUAUUGAUGUGAAAAUUAAUGAUGUGGUUCCCUGGGUCCUGGACGUCAUUUUGAAUAAGCAUAUCAUAAGUCCCAACCCUCACAUAAGACAAGCAUCCUGUAUUUGGCUUUUAUCACUGGUGAAGAAGCUGAGUGCCCAUAAAGAAAUUAAGUCACAUCUCAAAGAGAUUCAAACUGCAUUUGUAUCUACUUUGUCUGACAGUGAUGAACUCAGUCAAGAUGUUGCUUCUAAAGGUCUUGGUUUGGUGUAUGAGCUUGGAAAUGAACAAGAUCAACAGGAACUAGUUACUACACUUGUUGAAACUCUUAUGACUGGGAAAAGAGUCAAGCAUGAAGUGUCUGGGGAAACUGUGAUGUUCCAAGGCUCAGGUCUUGGCAAAACUCCAGAUGGCCAGGGUCUUUCUACUUACCAGGAGCUUUGUUCACUUGCAAGUGACCUCAACCAGCCGGAUUUGGUGUAUAAAUUCAUGAAUUUGGCCAAUCAUCAUGCAAUGUGGAAUUCUCGGAAGGGAGCAGCUUUUGGUUUUAAUGUGAUUGCUACCAAAGCUGGGGAACAGCUGGCUCCUUUUCUUCCUCAACUGCUUCCUCGUCUCUAUCGAUAUCAGUUUGAUCCCAAUCUGGGGAUUCGACAGGCUAUGACCAGCAUUUGGAAUGCACUUGUUACAGACAAAUCUGCUGUGGACAAAUACAUGAAAGAAAUUCUUGAUGAUUUAAUAAGCAAUCUGACUAGCAAUAUGUGGCGAAUUCGAGAGUCAAGCUGUUUAGCACUGAAUGACUUGCUAAGAGGAAGACCUUUGGAUGAGAUUAUUCAUAAACUUCCAGAAAUAUGGGAAACACUCUUUAGAGUGCAAGAUGAUAUAAAGGAAUCUGUACGAAAGGCGGCAGAGUUAGCCCUGAAAACAUUAAGUAAGGUGUGUGUGAAGAUGUGCGACCCAUCUAAAGGAGUUGCAGGCCAGAAAACCAUAGCCGUACUUUUGCCAUGUCUUCUUGAUAAAGGAAUGAUGAAUACGGUGACUGAAGUGCGGACACUGAGCAUUAAUACCCUGGUGAAGAUCAGUAAAAGCGCUGGGGCCAUGCUGAAACCACAUGCACCAAAGCUCAUCCCAGCUUUGUUGGAAUCCCUGAGUGUUUUGGAGCCCCAGGUCCUCAAUUAUUUGAGCCUGCGUGCUACAGAGCAAGAAAAGGCUGCAAUGGAUACUGCAAGACUGAGUGCUGCUAAAUCCUCCCCAAUGAUGGAAACUAUAAAUAUGUGCUUGCAGUAUUUGGAUGUGUCUGUUUUGGGAGAGCUGAUUCCUAGGCUCUGUGAACUGACUAGAAGUGGAUUAGGCAUUGGCACUAAGGGUGGUUGUGCUAGUGUAAUUGUGUCACUAACUACUCAGUGCCCACAAGAUUUGACACCAUAUGCUGGUAAGCUCAUGAGUGCUUUACUUAGUGGCCUAACUGAUCGCAAUAGUGUGGUGCAGAAGAGCUUUGCAUUUGCCUUGGGACAUUUAGUUAGAACUUCACGAGACAGCAGCACUGACAAAUUGCUCCAGAAGCUGAACAGUUGGUACAUGGAGAAAGAAGAGCCAGUCUAUAAAAUGGCCUGUGCUUUAACUAUGCAUGCUAUUGGACGCUACAGCCCAGAUGUACUGAAGAAUCAAGCCAAGUGUGUUUUGCCUCUGGCUUUUCUGGGCAUGCAUGAAGUUCCUGAAGAAGACAAGGGGGAGAAGGAAGAAGGCAACCUGUGGUCUGAAGUGUGGCAGGAAAAUGUACCUGGUACCUACGGUGGCAUUAGGCUCUAUAUGGAGGAAUUGAUUACAGUAACCCAGAAAGCUUUGCAGUCUCCGUCCUGGAAGAUGAAAGCGCAAGGAGCGGCUACCAUGGCAUCCAUAGCAAAGCAGACUGGCGCUCUGGUACCUCCACACUUAGGCAUGGUGCUCACGGCACUGUUGCAAGGACUGCCUGGAAGAACAUGGGCUGGAAAGGAAGAGCUGUUAAAAGCAAUUGCCAGUGUCGUCUGUUCAUGCAGUGUGGAACUGCGCAAGCCUUUGCCCAACCAGCCCAGUGUUGAUGAUGUCGUACAGGCAAUGCUGAAAGAAUGCCGCAAAGAAAACCUACGGUACAAGAUCGUGGCACUCCGGUGUAUGGCUGAUGUGCUUAAGGCUACCCAAGAAAAUAGGUUCCAGGAAUUGACAGACAUAAUCUUUCCAGUAAUAAAGAAGAAUUGUCCUGAGAAUGUAGGAAAAAAUUCCUCACACAACGAUGAUGAGGAUGAAAACGAAAAUGAGAAAGAACUCCAAGUUGAAGCUCUCCUCUGUGCCUUUGAAAGCUUAGGCAAAGCCUGGCCUAAAAACUCAGACACACAGUGCUGCUAUCGACAAGAGCUAUGCAGAUUAAUGUGUGAGCGUCUGAGACUUGGUACGUGGAAAGUACAGCUCGGCGUUCUCCAAGCUAUGAAGGCUUUUUUCCAAGGGUUGUUGUUAUUUGAAGCAGAACACUCUGACCCCGAGGCUUUGUCAAGAAUAUUGUUGGAAACCUGUUCCUCCAUCAUUCAUUCACUAGAGAAUAAAAGUUACACUUCCAUAAGAACUGAAGCUUUAUCGGUAAUAGAGGUGCUGCUCACCAAACUUGAAGAAUCCAAACAGUGGGAAAGCCUGAACAUUGAAAGUAGAGGAGUCCUCAUUGGCUCUUUAACAGCACUGACUUUGGACAGUAGGCCUGAACUACAAGAAAAAGCAUCUUUAUUAAAGAAAACUUUAGAAAAUCUUGAUUGAAUUGAAUACCAAUCAAGUGCCACGUGAAACAAAGCAAGCAAAAAAAAAAAAAGUGCAAUGAGCUCCAUAUUACAUAGAGGAAAAGUAAAGAUGAUUUUUGUAGCAUGCAUAAAUUCCCUGGCUGAAAUAAAGAACACCUUGAUUCUCUUCCCCAUUAUUUCCUUUUUUUUUUCUCUUAAAAGCAACAGUAACAACCUAUGAAGCAGUUUAUUUAAAAUGCAAGCCUUGAAAGUGAAAAAUAUCCAAGCUACAUAAGGACAUUUUGGGAAAUUGUUCAUUUGUGAAAGAGAAUCUUGUUUUGUGACUUAAGAUUUGGGGAAUCUUUAGUUUAUACAAAAAUGGCCCUUAUUAUAUAAAUCUAAUGAAUGAAAAUCAUAGCAAAACACCAGAGAGCAAACUUUUUGUGGAUUUCAUGUGGGCCAACUUCCGGUAUUAUGUUAUGAUGGCAGUAUUAUAAUUUGUAUCAUUACUAAUGAUAGUACAAAAGAGCAAAGUUGCCAGAAAUAUUAGAGGGCAGCAAAGAGUAGGAGUUUUGUAUUUCUUUUUUUUUUUUUUUGCAACUAGUGAGUACCAUGGAUUUUUUAGCCCAAGCUUCAUAGCCCUACCAAUAACUUAAAAGCAUGGAGGUCCAACCUUUUUUGAAAUUGAAAUUGUCUUGGGCCACAUAUAAAAUAUAACAGUUAAUGUAUAUAAAUAACAAACUUCCUUUGAGAGUUUAAGAUCUCGUGAGGCUGAAUGCUGUGCAAGGCUGCAUAUGGUCCAUGGGCCGUGGGUUGGACAGGCCUCCCUUAAAGGGACUUAGUUUGCCUCUUAUUUUGGAAUGCCACUAGUCAGUGUUGGUUGCUUUGGACCAUAACUAUCACUUCAUCUCAUAUAAACAGAAUGUAUAGGAUUUAGAAAAAAAAACUAUGCCUUUCUGCAUUAAAACAUGUGAUUUCUCCUGGAUAAAAAUGCACACAAGAAAGCACUUUAAUUGUCUGGAUAUAAGGGUGAAUAGAGCAGUUAGGUUUGUAAGACCUUACAUAAAGAUUUUUUUUUUAAUCUACAUUUUCCAAGCAAGAAUUCGUACUUGAAUUAACCCUCUCACAACAAUAACCACUUACUUAUUUUGGAAAAUAUUCUUAAAUAAAAUAAGAUUGUGCUGCUAAAACAUUAGCCUCAGCCCCAGCCAUUUGCAUCUUCUUUCUAGAAAGUUCUUUUGAUUUUCACUAUAAGCUUUGACACUGCAUACAUCAGAGUAUAAAUGUUCUAUCAAAUCUGUUCUUGCAAUUGUCUAAAGAACAGCAUCUGCUCUGAUUUUAAUUAAGAUUUCUUAGUGAAAUUGUUAAUUUGGAUAACAUCACAGUCAGUUUUCUGCUAGGUUUGUAGAGUUAUAUUAAACAGAUAAGCGGAAGUAUUAAGAAUCAAUAUAUUACUUGUGAUAGAUUUUUUUCAUGCUAAGUAAAUUGUGGUCUUUGAAGACCUUUAGGUAGGACAUCUUGCUUGCUUUAUGGAAAUUCUUACAUAUUAUGUAGGAAUUUUGGAACCUACAAAACUGACCUUGAAAGUAAACUACUGUAUAUACUUGGGGUCUACUCCUGUAGUAUUUGUGAGAUUGGACCGGACCAUCAGUGAGUUUUGAAGCCACCCAGGACCCUUCAGAUGAGUUAGUUUAUUAACCAAUAUCAUUUUGGGACUUUUAAAAAAAUUCUCAAAUUUUUAUCUAUAUACAUCAUGAUUGUUGCAUUAGCAAUUAUCGUACAGAUGUAAGAGCUGACAUAAUCUCUGCAACUUCAUAAUUGUCUUAGAUUUGUAUCCUAAUACCCCAUAUCCGAGCUUGGAAUGAUUUUUCCAGUAAAAAAAUCAGAAAUCCUUAACUUUUGGGAGGGAGUGCUUUCGUGCUGUAUGAUUGUACUAUAAAUGCGAAAGAACAAAGUGUAGAUCCUGAGUAGAAUUAGAGAAACCUUGAUUCUAAGACAUAAAGUCCUCUUAGUCCCCAAUAAGUUUGCUUUCUCUGGAGUUGGAAAUAAGAAAUGCUGCCGAGUCCAUUUUUCUUCUUUGCCAGCUUUGGUUAAGAAUCUAGGUUUCAGGAAAAGGAAUCUGAAGAUUGUUUGUUGCAUGCUGUUGCCCAGGUAUUCAAAAGCAUAAAUAACUCUCUUAUCAUUUUCAUGUUACCUCAAGAAGGAUGGUGGGAUCCCGUUCUUGGUGUCCCAUCAUGCUUUUAGAGCUGCUAGGAUAUGUUAAGAAUUUGAAAUAAGCCAAAAAAAAAUUUUUGUCAUUGGGCUGCCUUUAAAAAAAAUGACCUCCUCUUAAUAUCUGUAAUUUAAAAAUGGUAAGGUAUGAUAAACUGACUUAAAAGAAUUUGACAUCAUAGAAGACAGCUUUCUAUUGAGUUUGCCAGGCAGAACCACAACACUGAAUGUAGAUAUAAGAUCUUUGUGAUUCUGUCAUCUAGCAGCAACAGCAGCAUUAUUAUUAUUUUUUGGUACUAAGCAGGAUUGUCAAAUGUUGCCUUUUUUUCCUUGAGUGUUCUGUAGAAGCCAUGACAAUUGUCAAAGUGCUAAGUCUCUCUAGACUUUUGAAGCAAGAACUUCAAUAUUGAGAAAUCUAAAGUCUAAGUUUGCAGCAGCUGCUGUGCCAGAUGUUUCCAAGUAGAAAUGUUUUACUUAUGCUGAAGACCUGGGGGUGGAAAUUUAGCUAAAGUGUAAUUUUAAAGAGUUUGGGAUUCCCCCCCCCCCUUUAUUAACAAAAAAAAAACGUGCCUCUGCGAGAAACCAACUUACAAUAUUUUAUUUAGAGGUUAGAUACUUGUCCCUUGUUAAAUUUGUAAACUUGAGAGGGAAAAAGUGGCCUUUGGAGUUUCCUCUGAAAACAAUUGCACUAUAAAACACCGUUGCCCAGAUAUGGGCAUCUGUGCUGUUAUAUAAUGCUGCUUUGUAUACCUGGAUUAAAGUGUGAAAAUUUGACACUAUAAUACCCCUGCUGACUUGACAAAACUAUUUUAUGUUGAAAGAUUUCUAAUGUUGCAAGAUCUCCCAUUAAAUUCAGUGCAUUGAAUUUUUGUAUCUGGAUGUUGCGUAUGUACAUGAAUUGACUAACAACUUUUUUCCUGCAUAAGGAGAAACAUUAAAUAAAUAAAGGAACAUGAG